AUGUCAACCACAAAGCAUAGCACCGAAAGCGAUUACGAGAUGGCCUAUCGUUCAACCAUCCAGCCACGUACGGCCGUCCGUACACAGAGCCGUCAAUCCGGAGGCUAUAGCACUGGAGCAGUCAGUGGUGGUGGCGGAAUUCCACUGAAUUUGGAUAUUAUCAUCAUGCACAUCGCAUAA